GUGUGGUUCAGCACCUGCGCAACGGGCAGCUCCUCCACAAAGCCUACAGGCGGCACAGCUUCCCCCCCGCAGACUGGACGCCCCGCCAGGUGUGGCUGGAGACCACCGGUAAGAGCCGCACCCUGCAGAGCGGACUAGCCUUCCUCUACGGCCUGCUGCCGGACUUCGAUUGGACGAAACUGAACGUCCGUCACCAGUGGAGCACGUUGUUCUGCGGCUCGGCGUGCGACUGCCCCGCCAGAAACAGACACCUGGAGGAGGAGCAGAGGAGACAGUACCGCCUCAGGGUGAGCGACACCCAGCUGGAGAGGACGUACGCUGACAUGGCGCGCACUUUAGGUCUUCUAACCCGACAGCUGAGGGCCGCAAACCCCAUCGACUCCCUGCUGUGCCACCUGUGCCACGGCAUCUCUUUCCCAUGUGUUCCUAUGGGAGACGGGACAUACGGAUGCCUCACGAUGGCUCAGUUUGCCGUCAUUCGUCGACAGCAGCUAGACGAUGAGGUGGAUCGGAGACGAGUGGGGCUGUAUCAUAAAUACGCCAUCUUGGCCAUGUACCCCUACCUCAAUCGGACUGCCACAAAGAUGGAGCGUGUCGCCAAGGACAACGAGGCGGGCAGAGCGCGGCGGGCAGGAGGCGAGGAGGUCUUCUCGCUGUCUUCAGCCCACGAUGUUACCGUGGCGCCGCUGCUCAGCGCUUUGGGGCUCGAGGAGGCGCGAUUCCCACGUUUUGCUGCACGAUUAGUCUUUGAACUGUGGAAGAGUCCUCCGGCCGCGCAAGGACAACAGAAGAAGAAAGCCGGGAAAGGCGACAAGUCGAAGGUGAAAGACGGAGAAGUGUUCAUCAGGGUGCUUUACAACGGCGAGGACGUGACAUAUCACACAUCCUUCUGUCGCUCACACGUCACACGUAACACCAACCAGCCGCUCUGCCCUCUGAAGAACUUCCUGUCGUUUGUCAGGAGAGACAUGUUCAGUGUGGUCAACGCCACGUCCUACCAGGAGGCGUGCUCCAAGCGCCCUGUUUGAUGGAGAGGAGGGUGAAGGUUGUUUCACUUUUUUGCGUUUCGUUUUCCACUUUUGAAGACGGUGCACUUUUAUGCUGCUCAUACAAUUCCUACAUCUUUUUAAAUGUAUAUAGCGGUACAUUCCUGAGCACACACACAGUACUGUACAUCACGUCUUUGUAAGAUCGGUAUCUAACCUUUUUUGGUCUGUUUUCCUAAGCGUCUCCGUAAGAGUCAUUCAAGGGAAGUUGUAUGGCACUUAGCCACUUUAUUCCUAUAUUCCAUAUUACCAUGGAAUUCCAGUAUUUCCCAAAUGCUUGCAAUAAAAAGGAAUAUUGAAACGGGAAAUAAUAUGCUGAAAUAAUGAUUCACGAGUAAUAUUUUGAGUACAAUAAAUCUUUUCAAUGAAAAUUACACUUUGGGCUAGUUACGGCCACAUUACUCAAUAUGACUCAUUUGUAUUAGCAUUCAUUUUAAUAUUUAUUCAUUGCAUUCUCUGUUUAAUGAUGAGGGUUAUUUCUAUACUUUGACACGUUGCUGUAGGUGAUUUUUGUUUUCUUACAUUUAUUUACAACUGCAGAACUGAAUCUGCAUUCAUAUCAAUUGGUGAUUUAACAGAUCCACUUUUUUUAUUUGCUUGUAGUAAACUGAAUCAAAUAAAAGGUUCAUUCUGCGCUGAAAUGUUCAAAUCAA